GUUUGCGAUAGCACUCCUACACCGUACACACAACCAAUUAGUGAUGCAUUACACUCAUGAAGACUGAGCUGUGCCCCCCCGUCGCAGAACAACGAGACCAGCGAAUUAGUGAGUGGCUUGAUGACAUUCGCGAAUCAUCGACAUCGCAGAUAGCCCUUCAUCUUGACAGCCCCUCCCUGAAACGAAAAUUGCAACCGUUGGAGAGUGACGAUACUCCUCGAGCGAAGAGAUCGCGACCAGAUGACUUGCAGAGUCCGUCGCUAACAGGCAGUCGCAGCGCGCUUGACCUAGAGCAUACUCCCUCUCUCACUACGCAGUCCUCACGUUCAUCACAAGCGACAUCAUCUCGCAGCCCGAGCCCCUCGAAGCGUGGUCGCGCACUCGCGAUAAAAUUCUCUGGACCUAUUCUUCAAACUCUCGAUGUUGACGAGGCUGCAAAGUGGACAGCCGCAAGAACUACCGAAGUGCCUUUGCUUGAAGACCUCUUCUCAUGCGUUGCAAACACGGACGAUGGGUGGCAAAAUUCGCUGAGAGACGAAGACUGGCGCGGCAUUCACAAGGAAGUGGGACGAUGUCUGAAGAGAAAAGCAAAUGAAGACUCGUGGAGCGAUUGGGUAGUGCUGCCAUCGUUACAAUUAGCCAGAAAACUAUCAAAAUGGCAGAGCUACGUUGAUAUUAUUAAUGUGAAAUCGAUCGAUAUUGUACCCACCACCCUGCUCAGUGGCCGAUACAAGAAACGGGUCGAUUACUCCCUGGGCCUGGACAUCACAGACACCGAUAUGUUCCCUGAGAUUCAGCAGUCACUUGAGCCUCACACCGUGUCACAAAGUGAUCAUUGGCUACUCAACGAUCGAGUCCUCUUCUCUCACAUCGAGAUCAAAGCAGAGUCGGAUCGAGCUACCGCAGAGUCUCAGCUUAAGGUUUGGUGCACUGCCGGCUUUCGAAAGCAGGAGAGAAUGUAUAGACAAGCAAGACGCAAUGAAUCAAUAACCCCAACACUGGCACCGCAGCCUCUGUGGAUCUGGGAGCAAGACAAGGUGCACCUGUCAAUCGCGGUGAUGGACUCAACGGAGAAUAGGAUCUAUUUCCUCGAUCGAAAAACAUUCUUCGUCGACGGGGCGGAACCGAAGUCAUUGCUACCAGUUUUUGGUACGAUGAUAGCGAUUAUUGACUGGGGUUACAAUUGUUAUCUGCCUUGGUUCAGAGAAUUGAUAGGACAAGUGAACCUGAAUGAUAAGAAUUCAUGACUUCCGGAGAUCCUAGGAGGGGGAGUCACGUAAAUGAACUCGAACUCUGGCGAAGGCGAUCUCUACGACUGCCACUGAGCGUAUUCUACUGCGCACUAUGACCGCCUGCGGAAGGAGAUCUGGAGUGCACUGGCGAUAGGUCACUGAGAGGAGUCUAUCAAGCGCCGGAGAUGCUAUGCCCAGCCUCGAGUUCAAGAGUGAUCUGGAUGAUUAUGUGGGCGCGUUCAGUGGUCGCAUACAGUUUCACGGGUACUCGUUCUCCAAUAAAUGAUGCGACUCCGGUUCACACAUAUUCAAC